AUGUUUUCAUUUUCUACUUUUAGGGUUCAAACUUUAAUAACCGUUCUACCGCUUUUGCCGUAUGCCGUUUGUACUUUGGAAGACAAAGCUGAAGAUUCCUACAGUCCUUUUCUGUCCUUCAUCACUUCAACAUGGCACCGCAGGCUGUACCUGUAUUCUGCAGGUGCUCUGCUCUUUGGGAUCUGGUUCAUAGUGAAGAAGAUGGCGCUAAAACAGAAAAGUGUCAAUAACACUUUAUCCCAGAAAACUGCGAAUAACGCUGACAAAAGAGAGGUGGUUCAUGUGUCUGGAGUUAAAAUCUUCUAUGGAUCACAAACUGGAACUGCAAAAGGUUUUGCAAAAGAACUCUCGGAUGAAGUCCAGGCCUCAGGUUUAUCAUGUGAAGUUAUUGAUUUAAAAGAUUAUGAUCCCGAUGAUCAACUUCCAGACGAGGGCACCAACAGAACCGUGUGUGUGUUUCUCCUGGCCACAUACACUGAUGGAAAGCCCACAGAGAACGCUGAGUGGUUCUGCCAGUGGCUAGAGGAGGCAUCUACUGACUUCAGAUAUGGGAAAACUUACCUGAAAGGGCUUAAAUAUGCAGUUUUUGGUCUGGGAAACUCAGUUUACACUGGUCACUAUAACACAGUGGGCAAAAAUGUAGACAAGUGGCUGUGGAUGUUGAGUGGCAGUCGCAUCAUAACCAGGGGAGAGGGAGACUGUAAUGUGGUAAACAGCAAACAUGGCAGCAUCCAGGCGGAUUUCAAGGCCUGGAAAGUAAAGUUUUCAAAUCGCUUGAAGAAACUCAUGAAAGGCGACAAGAAGGCCUGUAGUGGAAACUGUCAAAAUGGAGGCACUUGCAACAACAAGACAAAGCAUGAACAUGGGCACGAUGAAGAAGGAAGUCCUACGCAGUCCAUCAACACUGAGGAGGAUGUUUUUGAGUCCAGCAGCGAUGAUGAGGGGUCUGGUCUACAAGAGGAGCAGAAAGGACCAGUUGUUGACAUGGAAGAUCUUGGAAACAUUAUAAAGGGAGUUAAAAAGAGCAAAGACGAGGAGCAGAUGGUAAAACUGUCCAAACUAAACGGUGUUAAAAAGGCUGAAGAUGAAGUGGAGAGGAGAGAGAUGAUCACUCCCGCCCUGAGGGAUGCACUCUCAAAACAAGGCUAUAAAUUAAUUGGAAGCCACUCAGGAGUGAAGCUUUGUCGAUGGACCAAGUCAAUGUUGCGAGGAAGAGGAGGAUGUUAUAAGCACACUUUCUAUGGCAUUGAGUCUCACCGCUGCAUGGAGACCACACCCAGCCUCGCUUGUGCCAACAAGUGUGUCUUCUGCUGGAGGCAUCACACAAACCCAGUGGGCACUGAGUGGCGCUGGAAAAUGGAUCCUGCAGAAAAAAUCCUUCAAGAUUCUUUAGAGAAGCAUCAAAACAUGAUUCGAGAGUUUAAAGGAGUUCCAGGAGUCAAAGCAGACAGAUAUGAAGAGGGUCUGGCUGUGAAGCACUGUGCUCUGUCUCUGGUGGGGGAGCCAAUUAUGUACCCUGAAAUUAAUACUUUUCUCCGCCUUCUCCACUCACAUCGGAUUUCUAGCUUUCUGGUCACAAAUGCCCAGUUCCCUCAGGAAAUCAGAAACCUGGUGCCUGUAACCCAGCUAUAUGUCAGUGUAGAUGCCAGCACCAAAGACAGCCUGAAGAAGAUUGACCGCCCGCUGUUUAAGGAUUUCUGGACGCGCUUCCUCGACUGCCUCAAAGCACUGGGAGAGAAGAAUCAAAGGACCGUGUACAGACUGACCCUGGUCAAAGCCUGGAACGUAGAGGAGAUGUUGGCCUACGCAGAUCUCAUCGCUAUGGGACAACCGGACUUCAUCGAGGUCAAGGGGGUGACGUACUGUGGGGAGAGCACAGCCAGCAGCCUGACCAUGGCCAACGUCCCGUGGCAUCAGGAGGUGGUGUUGUUUGUGCAGCAGCUGGCCGACAUGCUCCCGCAGUACGAGAUCGCCUGUGAGCACGAGCACUCCAACUGCCUGCUCAUCGCACACACAAAGUUUAAGGUGGAUGGAGAGUGGUGGACGUGGAUCGACUAUGAGCGUUUCCAGGAGCUGGUCCAGGCCUUUGAGGACAGUGGGGGACAGAAGAGCUUCUCGUCUCUAGACUACAUGGCCCAGACCCCAGCCUGGGCUCUGUUCGGGGCCGAGGAGCAGGGAUUCGACCCCACGGACACUCGCUUCCAAAGACGCAACAAGACCAAAAACAUCUCCGGGUGCUGA